ACGGCAUAAAAGCGCGUCAAUCAGAGCUCGAUUUGAGGUUGGGGUUUGUUUGAUCUCUCUCACAUUACAUUACAUACAUAUAUACAUACAGAUAUAUAGAGAGAGAUUAUUUGGCCACUAAUGUUUUUGAGUCGAUAUCGAUAUAAUACGAAUAAAAAGUAUAGAACAAAUGCCAUCACUAAAGAUGAAAAUGAAGUCAACCAUGGGUUGUCUAAGAGAAAAGAAUGGUCUUCAUGUCUGUCAAAAAUCAAGCAAGAUAUCCAAGAACUCUUUUUCACAAGUCAGAACCUUGCAACAAGAAGCACAGCUCGAGGAGGCUUGUUAUAUUAACAAGCAUCAUGAUUCCUUUUGCAGUGAAGCUAUUGUGCAGGAACUUAGGUGCAAUGAAACCGACUGUUGUGAGCUGCUAGAUGAAGAAAGUAUUCAGGAUCAUACACAAGACAACUGCUCUUCAAACAUAGAUACUAUAUUUUCACCCAUUCUAGAGUCUAUUGACAAUGACGGUGAAGCACUUGCUUCUGAUGAUAGAGGGACUGAAAAGGAUCUUGAAGUCCCUUUACUGGGAGAUAAAGAUAGUGUUGGUAGCAAUAGAAACUUUUGUGAAUAUCAAAGUUGUAAUGUGUCAGAUUUCUUCAUUUCAGACAUGACUGUUUCUAGCCCACCCAUGGAAAGGGGCUCUUCAUAUUCAAUUACAGAGGCGACGUGCUUGCCUGAUUAUGGAUGUUACGAAUCAAACCUAUUUUUUGAUGAUGAAUAUAUGAUACUUCCUUUUCUUGAGGAUAGUGUCGACACUCGCAAUGACCCCGAUGACUGUAUUAACCACUCAGAAGCCGUCAUGGUAUCAGAAGAAUCAAAUUUAUAUCUCGCAAUUCAUCAGCUAAAAUCCAGCAAUCAGGAUCCAGAUGUUAACCUUUAUCCUGAUUGGGAUCCAUCAGAAUGCUUGGAUCCACAAAUGUUCAUAAGAAAUUUACCCGAUCUUUCGGAAGUGGGAACGAAUUUAUGUCCUGCCACGUUGCCUGGCGAGAGAAAAACAGUUACAUUAGUACUUGAUUUAGAUGAAACACUGGUACACUCUUCAUUGGAACACUCUGAUGAUGCAGAUUUCACCUUUCCAGUACUAAUUGAUUCCAUAGAGCAUACUGUCUAUGUGAAGCAGAGGCCUUACCUUAAAGAAUUCUUGGAGCGGGUGUCAAAAAUGUUUCAAAUUGUUGUGUUCACAGCUAGUCAGAGCAUCUACGCAAAACAACUUCUGGACAUACUAGAUCCAGACGGAAAAAUCAUCUCUCAUCGAGCUUAUAGAGAAUCUUGUACUUUUUCAGAUGGCAGUUAUACCAAGGAUCUAACAGUUUUAGGUGUUGAUCUGGCUAAAAUUGUCAUAAUUGACAAUUGCCCCCAGGUUUUCCAAUUGCAAGUGAAUAAUGGGAUUCCAAUAAGGAGUUGGUUCAGUGAUCCAUCAGAUUGUGCUUUACUUUCACUACUUCCGUUCCUAGAGAUUUUAGCAGAUGCUGAAGAUGUCCGUCCAAUAAUUGCCAAGAGAUACGGUAACAAGGAAUAAGUGCCCCUUGUUUUCAUGAUUUCACGUGAUACCUACAUUUUAAUUAGAUUCCCCUAAUAUAAUUAUCUAUACAAAUAAAUCGCUGUUCCUUUCUCUUCUUGAUAUCUCACUUGGUGUUCUGUCUAAUUUAUGUCAGAUUGUAGCCGCAGAAAAUUUCUGUUUUCCAGUGUACAGUUAUAGAUUCUUUGAAACUGCAUACGAGUUGUUCUAUGUGAAAUAUAACUAUGGAGUGUGAUUUAUGUUGAUUUUACCCCAUGAAA